AUGGUAACUCAAUCAAUUAAAGUUGAAUUACAAUGGUGGAUUGAUAAUCUUUUUCAACAAAAGCGGAGAAUUUCUCAUGGAAACCCAAGUAUUGUUAUCACUUGCGAUGCCUCGAUCCAAGGCUGGGGAUCAGUGUGUGAAAAUUUAGAAACUGGUGGUCGAUGGAGUGACCAGGAGGCCCAAAACCAUAUCAAUUUCCUGGAACUGCUUGCUGUAAGCUAUGCAUUAAAAUCCUUUUACAAAACCACAACUAAUAGCCAUGUUCAGAUAAAAUCAGACAAUACAUGUGCAAUCUCCUAUAUUAAGAACAUGGGAGGCAAAAUACAGAAUUUAAACAGUCUUGCAAGACAAAUCUGGUUGUGGUGUUGUGAAAGAAAUAUAUGGCUUUCAGCAACACACGUUCCUGGAAUAGACAAUGAGGCUGAUGCUAGUUCGAGAAAAUUCAAUGACAAUACUGAGUGGAUGCUAAAUGAUGGGUUGUUUUCAGAAUUGGCAGACAUAUUUGGGCAGCCCGAAGUAGAAUUAUUUGCUUCCAGGUUAAACAAACAGUUGCCAAGAUAUGUCUCUUGGAAACCAGACCCGGAAGCAGAAGCUGUAGAUGCUUUUUCAUUAAACUGGAAAGGAAAAUUUAUUUAUGCUUUUCCUCCUUUCAGUCUGAUUGGUCGUCUGGUGCAGAAGGUACUGCUAGACGAAGCAGAGAUGGUCCUGGUGGCGCCUGUUUGGGUAACUCAGAACUGGUACACAACAGUUUUAGAAAUGUUAAUAGACAUCCCACUAAUCAUCAAAGUAAGUCGCAACACACUACGAAUUCCGGGCUUGAACAAAAUUCACCCUCUUGUAAACAAACUCCAUUUGAUGGCAUGUCAUAUAUCAGGAAAUCAUUCGAAAGCAGAGAUCUUUCGGAAAAGUCUGUCGAAAUCAUCAUGGCGUCAUGGAGACGCUCCACUAAGAAGCAAUAUUCAUGUUACAUCAACAAAUGGGUUCUUUUCUGUCGUGAAAGGCAAAGUAAUAUAUUUCAAACCUCUAUAG